GUUAGUGGCGGAAAAUUCGAAAAUCCUAGACACUAAUACACCUUAUCGCUAUUUUGUCAGAUGAGUAGCUUACCAGUGGAUGAGCACUGACAUCUUUUACUCUAACAACUUCUGUAUAAGAUUGCCAUGACUGAGGAAUACGGGGCCCUUUUUAAAAAAAAAACAAUACAGUGUAUUUUACAGUCAUUCUUCAAAGAUGAGAAGACAAAGAUGACUAAUGAAGCUAUACAUUUGUCCAGGGAGCUGAUUGGACUCUUUAUAACAGAGGCAAUUAUGAGGUCCUGCAAGGAAGCAGAGAAAGACAGCACUACCACAGUGUCAAUUGAACAUCUUGAAAAAAUUCUUCCACAACUUUUGCUGGAUUUCUGAGAUGGUAAUGCCAGAUGAUGAAUGGCUACCUCGUGGAUGUGUUAUAUGGACCGUUAGAGAUUAUAAAUUUCAUAGACUUAUGAUGUUUUACAUUAUUAUUAAAAAUAUUAUACUUUUGCUAAA